AUGUUACACGAGCGCGAUCAAUCUCAAGCCCUUCUUUUUAGAGCAUACGGAAAUCGAGCCGCUUGCCAUCUUCAAUUGAACAAAUUCUUCAAUUGUAUCGAAGAUUGCACUUACAUUUUAGAAAACAUUCAUUCUAAAGCUGUUGGUGAAACAGAACGAAAACAGAGCGCCUCUCUCAUUUUGAAAUCCUACACUCGAAGAGGAACAUGCUAUUUCAAAUUGGGUGAUUUUCAACGAUCUUAUAAGGAUUAUGAACAGGCCUCUCGAAUGGCCCCAGAAGAUGAAGACAUAAUGGCAGAUUUAGAAAAAGUCAAUAAGGAACUCACGUCACAACUUCAAGGAGAUUGGCUCAAAAACACUGCCAACAAUUUUUAUUUGAACCAAGACUAUGCUUCUGCAAUUCAUUCGUAUACGCUUGCCAUUCAACUCGACAAAACCAAUCCUGUCUAUUAUUCAAACAGAGCCCAAUGUUAUUUCAAGGUGGGAGAUUAUGUGAAAUGUGUUAAAGAUUGUAAUCUUGCUCUUUCCGUUUUGUCUGAUGAAGAUGAAAAGAGAGUGACUGAAAUUUUAAAGGAGGAAGAAACAGGUGUUGAUACGAAUCCAAACAACAAGACCAAACCUGAAUUUCCAACCAAUCCAAAACUUACUCCCAAACUACAAAUGAAGGUAUAUCUGAAGAGAGCAGUGGCUUACAAGGAGAUGGAAGAAUACGAAAGAGCGUUUCUUGACGUACGGCGAGCUCAACAAUUCGAACCUGAAAAUAAGGAAAUCAAAUGUGAAUACGAAAAAUCGAAGCCUUGUACAAUGGCUGGAAGAAGGAGCAGGAGGAAAAAGUAA